UUGCGCGACCGUUGGGUGGCUGGCGCGUUGAAGCGAAAACGGGCUUGCCGCGGUCUGCGCGCCGGCCUAGCGAAGAAAGCCGAAGGCCGCCGCCGGGAUUGAGCGCCGAGUGAGGGGUAGUGCUUGAUGCGGCGCUGUCGCCGCCGUCUUCGUUGUGGACUGGUGCCAACGGCGAACGGGUGCGGGCCGCGCCGAUGUUGCUUCACGACGUAGGAAGACGCCUAGCGUGCCGAGAGAGGCUGCCGCUCCUGCUCUUGGCGCUCCUUGGGACCGCUGCGUCUCCGGCCUUGUCGUGGGCUUCGCAGGGCAUCGAUGAUGACGUGGAGCCAUGGUGGACUACGGUGCGACGAGAACCGCUCGCGGCAGGAGUGUGCCCGGCAAGCCAGGACCUUUGCACCUUGGGUGCACUGGACAAUGUGUGUCGAUGCGACGCCGACUGCGGACGGUACGGCGACUGCUGCGUCGACCACAGCGGUGUCUCUUCGGGUGCUCAGACGUUCCCCGACGCGGCGUCUCAAUGGCGGUGCGUCCUCGAGAACGGCCGUGAGUUCUACGCCCUGGCCUCGUGCCCCGAGGACCCGUCGGUGGACUGGGACUUGCGUGACCAUUGCCUCCGGCGGGGGCAGCAGCUGAAGCCUUUGCAGAACGUGCCCGUCUACAGCAACACCACGAGGACGAUGUACGCCAACGUGUUCUGCGCCGCCUGUCACAAUGAUUUGCACUCCCUCAGACCCUGGCAGCUGGAACUUCGCUGCAACAGAGCGUGGAACGCCGAGAAGGUGUUGCGUCUGCUCUCAGCCGGACACUACGGCAAGAUGAGCCACGCGCUUCACGGUGCCGAGGGGCUCAGCUGCAGGUUGCAGGUCUCCGACACGUCCUCCGAGUCCUUCUGGCACGAGGUGCCCGGACUUCGCCAGUGUCGCCUCGCUUCUUCUACCUGUCGGAAGGGAGCCUCGAGACGCGACGUUGUCCUCUGUUCUAGCUACACCGCGUACGUGUACUCGCCGCGCAAGUUCUCAAACUACCGCAACUUCCACUGCUUUCGGUGCGCCGGCGGAUCGUCGGCGGGUGCCGUCGAGUGCGGCGCUCGACCGGCCGCUUACGGCCACGACGCGCCCGACGUGACGCACCUCGUGCUCGGCGUUCGGAGCCACUUCGUGAAUCCGCGCAAGUGUGGCGGUCACGCGGGGUCUAGCAUCUACGACCCUUUGAGCGACACCUGUUACGUACCGCCCGUUCCACCCAGUGAUGUCGCUGGUGACGAACCGUCGGGUGUGGCCGCCACCAUACCAGCUGAGCCUCCGGGCGCUCGUGCGUUUCAGUUGCUCUUAACCGUGGUAACAGCGGGACUCACGGCUUUGUUGUGAGUGAACUACUGUGUGUACUCUACUGUGGAUGUCACUCGAUGUGCCACCGUAUUCAGGGAUGCUCUCCUUUGUUUUCGACGAUGUUGUGUGUUGCUUCCGUGACGGUGACAGGCAGUGUGGUCAUCUUCGCUUAUGUUUGGUGGCGGCGAAGCAUGCGCCAAGUGUACCUCUGCCGGUUUCUUAGGACUAACGACGCUAUUUCGGUGUGUUUUGGAGCUUCUCAAGUAC